AUGGAGCGACUGAACUUCUCCACCUCUAAUGCCUCCUUGCUCAGUCCACUCUUCUCUUGGGACCGUGAAUAUCUAGCCCCUAGCGUGUUCAUGUCUCUCUGCUUCCUAAUCGGCGUUCCCGGGAACAUCGCAGUGAUGUUCGUCCUUCACCGAAAACAAGAUCUAUCCAGUUUGAGCCGGAGACUAAUGUUGAACUUGGCUGUAUCUGACUUGCUCUGCCUCAUCUCCCUACCUAUAUGGAUCCACAGCUUUCUCUUCAACUGGGUGCUGGGCCAGGCUGCUUGUAAGUUCUUUACCUUCCUGGUCUACUGUAGCACCUACACCAGCCUGCUGACUGUCAGUCUACUGGGCAUCCAACGCUACAUGCAGGUCUUCUACCCACAGACUUGGGGCAGUCUAGGAUUGACAAAGGAGAGGGGGAUUCAGGCUGUCUUGUGGGGGGUAGCCGUGGCUCUGGCUAUCCCUAAUGGGAUGUUGUUCCGCAAUUUGAAGCAGGAUGAGAGUGGACGGGUGCAGUGCUACUUUUGUUUCACAUCAGAUGCUGAGCAGGUGGCCCUGUUGCUCCUGGCAUCUCUCGUGGGAUUUGUAGCUCCAUUCUCAAUCACUGCCACUGCGUAUUUCUGCCUCUAUAGGAGGGUGAACCAAACAGCUUUCUCCAGAAGCACCAGGAUGACCAAGCUAGUAAGCAGCAUUGUUGUGACUUUCUUUGUACUAUGGACUCCUCUCCAUGUCAUUAUCCUGCUGGGAGUGGCGGCCAUCUUGGCCAACGAUAACGCUCUACUAGAGUUUUGUGAUGCCAGUUUGAACAUUGUUGGAGCUCUGACCUUUGUCAACAGCUGUGUGGAUCCAUUCCUCUAUGCCUUCGCCUCAAGAAACACCAGACAGCCAGAGAACAGUGACAAUCCAGUGUGACUCAGUAGUCACCACUGAUCCCAAAGGCAUAAUAAUAAUUUUAACAGUGUAAUUAUUGUGUUACUUACUGUAUGUGACAGCCCUGAGUUCAAAUGCAUGAUUAUUUGAGUUAAUAAUUUUCUAGUUAACUAAUUUUCUUUGUAUUUGAGUAUUGAACGGGGAAAAAUGCAUAGGUUGCUUCGUUAUCCAAGAUUAUCCACAUAAUUUAAGAUAUACAUCUUGUCAUCUGUGGUUUCACAUGACGAAUUCAGUACAUUCAAAGAGCCCAUGCAAAUUCCCACUGACACACAACAUUUAACCAAGGUGUUACCAUAACUACCAACUCAGACUCAUUUGGAUAGAAAAUUCACUGGACAGAAAAACAGCUAUUCAGAGUACUGUACUUCCUGUUUCAGAUGAAAACUGUACUUCUUCUGACAUCCUGUUACUCCAGCCAGUCGACCGGUCAGUCAGUCUCAAUGCUAGAAAUUGAGAAACUUAACUCCUCCACCUCUAAUGCCUCCUUCCUCAGUCCUUCUUCAGCAGACAUAUAGCCCCUAGUGUGGUCUUGUCUUUCUGCUUCCUAAUCGGCAUUCCCGGGAACAUCGCAGUGAUGGUCAACCUUCGCCAAAACCAAGAUCUAUCCAGUUUGAGCCGGAUGCUGAUGUUGAACCUGACGGUAUCUGAUCUACUAUGCCUCAUCACCCUACCUAUAUGGAUCCACAACAGUCUCUUCAACUGGGUGCUGGGCCGGGUUGCUUGUAAGUUCCUUACCUAUCUGGGCUACUGUAGCAUCUACACCAGCUUGUCUACUGUCACACUACUGAGUAUCCAGCACUAGAGUCUCUAGAAGUGGUGCUGCUUCUAGAGACUCUCCUGGGAUUUGUAGUUCCCUUCUCUAUCAUGGCCACAGCCUAUAUCCGCCUCCAUCGAAGAGUGAACAAAACAGCUUUCUUCAGGAGCCCCUGGAUGACUAGAUUAGUGACCAGCAUCAUUGUGACCUUCUUCAUACUAUGGACUCCUUUCAAUGGCAUCAACGUGCUGGAAGUGGCAGCUAUAUUGGCGAAAGAUAAGGCUCUGAUAGAGUUUUGUAAUGCCAGUUUGAGCAUUGUUGGAGCUCUGACCUUCAUCAACAGCUGUGUGGAUCCAUUCCUCUACGCCUUUGCCUCCAGAAACACCAGACAGCCAGAGAACAGUGUGACUCCAGAGUGACACAGUAGUCUCUCAUCCACUGUAGAUUUCCAGCCACUCUCUUAUAGGAACUAAUAAAACAUCCCCUCUCCUCUGCUCUCCCCUCAUACUGCUUGAACUCGUUCCUCUCCCCCGCCUGCAUCAUGGCUGCGAUGGUGUUGGUGACCGACAUCCCGAUGUAGGACCCCAUGAUGAUAGGAGCAGCAGACCGCACCUCCAGCACUGUAAGAAAGGAAACACAAGCAUGCACGCACGCACACACACAAACUAUAAUGACUGACUUCUCAAAGACUGCAUUAAGUUCCAUGAUUAUAGUAACGCAUGGGCUUCAAUAUUAUCAAACCUGACCCUUCAUAUUUCAAAAUGCCUUCAUACUUUUAAUGCAGAAAAAACUGAUGGCAAUUUGCAAAUGAGUGGAGGCAUCUCAGGUUUUUAACUGAAGAGCUGGUUUUAUUGUUGCUGGGGCCUCCCAAGGUAAUGACAAACUGAUUCAUAUGUAGAUGACCCUUUGAGCAUUUAGGCACACCACACACACACACACACACACACAUACACUCACAGCUCCCACAGACUGCUGGGCGGUAGUAAGGUCAUUCCACGAAAUGAGUGCAUUUUGCUUCCCUUUUAUAUUUUAAGUAGAAAUUGUGCACAAAUAUUGCAUUAAAACAAUGUUAUAUUAAAUGAAGUGCCUUAAUAUGAAUAAAGACUUGCUAAAGUUCCCUCUGUGCACCCUCUGUGACUUCUAGGAAGAUUUUAACCCACGUAACCCACGUUUUCACCAUCAUUGUAAAGCCCUAGUUAUUAUGAUGUGUUUUUUAUUUAUUUAAUGUGAUUAGUGAUUAUUUUUAAGAAAACAAAAACAAACUGUCCCUCAUUUUAAGGUCAACCCUGUUAAGUAAAUUGAACUCUCGUUGUAAUAUGAUGAAACUAUUCCUUUUAAAAUAUUCAAAAGAAACAUUGAACAACUUAUAUCCAAACCAUAGGGUAAGAGCAGGUGAGCUGGUUCUACUCAUUUUGGCAAUUUCUGGUGUUUUUUUGUGGAACGCUGAGCGGGUUGAGCAUAACACGUCAACCCUGUUACCAAUAGAUAGACAGGAUAGAAAUGUUUAAACAAGUACACAUUUUUGUGAAGCUUGCAUUCAAUUUUUUCCUCCCUGUCGCACACAACUAGUUUACAUUCCCCCUCUCACAAGGGGAUUCAUGAUUUAAAAGGAAAUCGUCACUGUUACUGUCAACCCUGUUACUUUACUUGGCACUUAGGCCUACUAUUGUCAUUUUUUUAUUUAACCUAUUGAGAUGGGAGAACAUUUUUUAAGUUGAACAUGUGCUCAUUAUGACAGAAUGUUACACUAUGGUGAAACAAAAGUUUUUUUCGACCAAGUUACUGUAAGGGUUGGUGUGAGGUGUGACCCAGGUGCGGUGCAGGAUAGACAGUAGGCAGUAGGCAGAGAUGGUGAAACAAGGAUCUUUACUGGUGGUCCCGAAGCCAGGAUACAAAUGCCUACAGGGCCUUAGAUGCCUAAGGUUGUCAGAGGAUGACACCAAGUGGGUCGCUCCGGAACUGCGACCCCCUCCUGUAACAAGUUAUACUACUCAAUAUGCACCCCAUUGGUAGAAUGACCCAGUAAUUGCCCAUAAUUCCCCUCUCAUGUUCUCUCUGAGAUUGGCUGCUGAGACAGAUACGGUCCUGGCAUACUGAUAUGCCGUGCCCACUGGUCACAUACACACAGUGAAUGAGAGGUCUCUGUGGAUAACCCCUAUUAGCAGCAGACAGUUCAUACCCCCGAGACUCACUGUUAAGAAAAACUGACAAUGAUGAGAGAGGAGAAUAGGUCAACCACUUUGUUUCAAGUUCAAAAGCAUGUUGUUGUCACUUGUCCCUUUGAUCCUAUUCAGUCAAUUGUUCAGAUUUACAAGCCAUGUUUUCACUCUCAUACAGACACCAAGAAGAAGAGAACCACACACACACACACACACAAACAUAAUCUCUCUCUGUCAGUACUCACAUCCAGAGGAGACAAGGCUGACGAUGAUGGAGGUGGAUGUGGAGGAGCUCUGGACUGGUACAGUGACUAGUAUCCCCACCAUCAGCCUGGCUAAUGGGUUAGGCAGCAUUGCAUUGUCCUUGAAGAUAUCCCCCGCUAUUUUACCUUCAGUAACACACAUACAGGACAUAAUACCCCAGGUCAAAAGACAGAGUUUCCACCUAGUUCAGAGUACUAUAGUAUAAACAGCAUUUGACUUACAGUACCCUAUCCAAAAAAGUACCAGGUCAUGAAUCAGUUUGUCGUUACCUUGGGACUAUCAGGUUCUAUCUGCGCAAAGCAUAGUUCUGAGAUAUUGAGCAUCAAAGUUUUCACAUCUCAGGACUGUUUUGUAGUGAAUUCAUAUUUCAUAACCCAUUAAGGUCAUCGCCUUAAUAAGUCCCUAAAGUGCAGAGUACAUAUACUGUAGUCAACAGGUUUCAACAGGUUUCAACUGGUUUCCUCCUCAUAGUCAUCAAAAUGGACAAGUCAGUAUAUCUGACUAGACACGUCCAGAGAGGACAGACAGUGUAACCCAUCCACUAGUUAUGGUGGGACAGAAAAUCAGUCAUUAACUAAUUAAUAACCCCCCUGGAGGGACAGUUAAGUCUAAUCUACUCACCGCCAGCCAGCUGGAACACUGAACUCAGUUUGUAUAAAGAACAGACGAGGAUGAGGAAGAGGAGGAGGAGGAGGAGGAGGAAGAGGAGGAGGAGGAGGAGAGGAGGAGGAUUGUGGAGAAGUUGAUAAAGAGUUCUCUCAUUCUGCUAGGAAUAAGCUCUAUGUCAGGUUCUGUAGUGGUGGCUGAUCAAAACAAGCAGAGAGAAACACUACAGAGUCAGACAACAAAAGAACAAGAAAGAAAAAGAUAG